CAGCCACUCAGUCAAGCCUCAGCCCCUCUACACUUUCUUAUACUAAAAAAGGGAAGAAAAAAAUAAGAGGGAAGACCUGGAAGUGAAGCUUUAGCUCCUAAUUCAACAAUGGCGAGACAGCAACAACGUUACCGUGGCGUUCGACAGCGGCAAUGGGGUUCUUGGGUGUCCGAAAUCCGUCAUCCUUUAUUGAAAACCAGAGUUUGGCUUGGGACAUUUGAGACUGCAGAAGAUGCCGCAAGGGCUUAUGAUGAAGCAGCAAGGAUAAUUACCGGUCCAAGAGCAAGAACCAAUUUUCCAUUCAACCCAAACGAGCCAUUAUCCUCCUCUACGCUCUCUCCCGCUUUAAUGGCCAAACUGCAGAAAUGCUGCAUGGCCUCUCUGCAGAUGGACAAUGCGGGCACAUCGCUGCCGCCUCCACAACAACAUCUGUUUUCCUCGGGCAGGUCGACGUUUUUGCCCGAGGGGAUGCAUCAAAUGGAGGGGCAGUCGACGGCUGAUUGGACAGUGACAAAAGAGGAGGGUGAGGAAAUGGGAAGCACAGAUUCAGAGUUUUUCAAGCCACUGGAGGAUGAUCACAUUGAAGAGAUGAUUGAAGAGCUUCUUGACUAUGGGUCCUUUGAAUUCAACUCUUUUGUCAUGCAGUAAUUGAUUUUUUUUAUUGGGGGAUGCAGUAAUUAAUUACUAAUUGGUAUUUUUAACUAAAAAUUUCAUUCUUUUUUCCCUAGCUUGCAUUCCAAGUGGUGGCAUUACUGCCUAGAAGGAUGAUGAUUUUGUGUACUAGCUAGUGUGUAUACAUGAUCACAUCAUAUGAUGUACUCUUUCAAAAUAAUACAAUUAAUAAAAGUGUGCUCACCCUCUCCCUAUUUUGGAGUCAUAAUACAAGUGUUAG